CAAACACCACACUCAAUACGAUGCCCGGACGAGUCGCCAGCGGAGGCGCGCGUUCAUCGCGCCGCACGGUCUCCUCGAAGACAUCCACACGUUCAAUGCGAAACGGCUCGCCUACAACCGAAAUACCGGACGAAGGCGAUGACAGUUCCCUGCGACGCGCAGUGUGUACCGUAUUUGCAGACGCGCAAAAGUCAACGGCCGGACAUCGAAAGGCCAUUAUAUCACUCCGAAAAGUCCAGGAAGCAUGUUGCUACGAGCCAGUGAGCGGCAAGAAGGGCAGGCAGAGCGAGGACUUUGACGAGGAGGACUUCAACCGUGAGGUGAAGCGAUGCGUGAUCCGGAUUCUGCCAGUCAAGAAGUCUGAGCCCGUCGGAGAUCGUGUUGUGCGAUUUCUAGGCACUUUCUUAAGUGUCGCAGCGAGCAAGGACAACGAGAUCGCGCAGGCGGAUGAGGACCUGGAGGAGGGUGUGUUACCAGAGACGCCAACGAGCAGGCUUGCCACUGAGAUCCUGAAGACUACAAUGAUGGCCAUGAAGACAAAAGCUAAGGAAAUUCGAUAUCGGGCGACACAAAUAACCAGCCACAUCAUUAACAGCCUGGACACUUUGGACGACAGCCUAUUUCACCAACUACGCCAGGAGCUGCUGAAGCGAAUACACGACAAAGAGGCUUCAGUCAGGCUUCAGGCUGUUUAUGGUCUUGGCAGACUCGCAGCAGAGGUGGAAGAGGACGAAGAUGACCAGGAUUCGGACUCGGACGAAGACCUGGGCGGGAAGACUGUGCUGAACAAGCUGUUAAACGUGCUACAAAAUGACCCUUCUGCGGAAGUCCGGCGAAACUUGUUACUCAAUCUGCCACUUACGAAAGAGGUAUUGCCGUUUCUUCUGGAGCGAGCAAGAGACGCCGACGCUACCACACGAAAAGCGUUGUAUGGGCGCUUGCUACCUGCUCUAGGAGAUUUUAGGCACUUGAGCCUGACACAUCGUGAGAAGCUGCUUAGAUGGGGGUUGCGAGAUCGCGACGAAAACGUCCGCAAAGCCACAGCACGACUGUUUUGCGAACGAUGGAUUGAGGACUGCGCAGCUUUGCCCGCAGCACAAGCAGCUGAAGGGGACGAGGACGUUGAAGCACAAAAGGGCAAGGAAGCAGUGCCGUCCCUAGAUGCCUUACUCGAGUUGCUGGAGCGGAUUGACGUGGUAAACAGCGGAGGCGAGGGCGGUAUCGCUCUCAUAGCAAUGGACGAGUUUUGGAAGGGACGACCGGACUAUCUCGACUAUGUCUCGUUCCCCGAUAGCUUCUGGGAUGAUCUUUCACCAGAGCUCGCGUUCGUGGCGCGCACAUUCAACGAGUACUGCCGAACGACGACGGAGCACGUCGGCCCACGAACGCUGGCCGAUUUAGCCGAAGAAAAAUUGCCGGAAGUCACGAAAUUCGGCUUUCUGCUUGAACGCGAAAUUGAGAAGCUCGUUCAGGCCACAAUCGCAUCGGCGACAGAGGAAGACGAGGAUGCCGACGACAGCGAGCUGGCACACUGCGAGUUCAUUGUUGAGCAGAUGCUGCACAUGGCGCUUACCUUUGACUAUAGCGAUGAGGUUGGUCGCCGCAAGAUCUUUGUCUUGAUGAGAAGUGCACUUGCUCAACCAGAUCUGCCGGAGGAAGUGACAAGACUUGUCGUCGAAGUGCUUCGCCUUGUUUGCGGUGAAGAUGCCAAAGACGAGCGGGAGUUUUGCAGCGUUGUGCUCGAAGCCAUUGCCGAAGUUCAUGAUACCAUCAUGGGCGAGGACGAUGCCGAUGCCGACAGUACCGCAGACAGCUUCCAUUCCGCCACUGAACAAUUUGAUGGGGAAGAUGGCGAUACUCUGACGGUGGCACAGAAGAAAGCCAACAAGAAGAAGCAGGCCGAAGAGGAUCUCGAAGCUGAUGAGGAUAGGGCUGUACGCGAGAUUAUGGUCAAUAUGAAGUGUCUGCAUGUUGCGUUGUGCAUGCUGCAGAACAUACAAGGUGACCUGGAGGAGAAUGUGCACCUCGUGACCAUGCUGAACACUCUGGUUGUGCCAGCCGUGAGAAGUAAAGAGGCUCCUAUCAGAGAGCGAGGCCUCAUUUGUUUGGGGUUAUGCUGCCUGCUCGGGAAGAACCUGGCGGAAGAGAACUUGACGUUGUUCAUCCACUGUUUCACGAAGGGCCACCCAGCACUGCAGACCAUUGCACUACAAAUCAUUACUGAUAUCCUCAUCGUGCAUCCAACUUUGCUUGCGCCGGCCGCGCCUGUCAAUGGCGAGGAAGAAAGGAAUGAAGCUAUGAAGCCUCUGUUGAAAGUCUUCAAAUCUUCCCUGAAGUCUGGCGAUCCAGAAGUGCAGUCCACAGGCGCCACCGCUUUGUCCAAAGCUAUGCUGUCCCGACUUGUUACAGAUACCGACCUUCUCAAGCAGCUCGUCGUCACAUACUUCGAUCCUGACAGCAUUGCAAAUGCUCAGCUUCGUCAAAGCUUGAGUUAUUUCUUCCCAGUGUACUGCCACUCUCGCGCCGAGAACGCCGUCCAUAUGGCGGAGAUUACGACUGGAGCGAUCAGCAAGCUUCAGACGCUUCGGAAAGCAUUUGAGGAUGAUGACGACGAAGAUGUGGCCGCUGCUAGUUCUGACCAGAUGGUGUCCAUGACGCAAAUUACCAAUAUGCUCCUCGACUGGACUGAUCCGCGUAAAAUUUUUGGCUUUUCAGACGCAGUUGGGGACAGUUCUGUCAAGAGUGGUGCUGGAGAGACACAUUUUAUUCUGGCUGAAAGCAUUCUGGAUCGACUUGUCACGUCCCAGCUUAGCAAGGACGAGAAGAAGAUUCUUUUCAGUAUGCUCAACAAGUUGCACCUCCCUGCUGGCGGCUGCGACGGCGAAAGGCUAAAGAGCGUUCUCGAGUUGUUACAAGAAGCAAUCGACACGAAAGUGGCCACUGACGCUACCAGCAAGAACAUUCUGACCAAAUUACAGACCGCUCUUCUCAAGCUCAUGCACGAUGUCAUGACGGACGAGCGAGGUGGGGGAGAUACCGUGCUGGACACCACUGAAUUGCCGGACCAGAGCGAGGUUGCAGAUGAGACUGAAGUGGGAGAUGUGACCCAGGCCCCUGCUGUGGCCGAUACCACUGAGGUUGGUGAUCAAGAGGAGGAGGAGGAGGAAGAAGAAGAAGAAGAAGAAGAGGAUCAAAACUCGGAUGUCACGCAAAUUCAGCAAGACCUGAAAGAUGCUACUCUAGGUGCAACGACGGGACUGACGUUGGGACCAGCUGACGCAGAGGGAACAAGGUUACAAUUGGAUUACGAGGAUAGUGAGAUGAUGGAUGUUGAUGAAUGAAAGGACUGAUGAGCGCGAUUGCAUGAUUGAGGGUCUCGUAUCUUUUGUGCAAAGUGCCGGCGUUUGGGGGUGUAUAUUCAUGUUGGCACGAACUGUACGAGAAGAUACCCGAGGACCUUUUAUAUAGGUACCUAACGGCCCCACGCAUUGUAGUAGAGAAGCCAC